AUGAAAAAAGCGGCUAAUGAUCCCAAAGUAAAGAAAUCUCUACUACGUAACUACGAGAAACGUAUUUCUAAAGAGUCCAAAGCUGUUCUCGACGUGGAUAGUGAUUCUUCGAACGUACUAAAAGCAAAUGGAUCACAAAAGGAAAACAAACUGGAUCAGCCUACUUUAUGUACAAGCGAAGUGUUAGCUAGUUAUUUGGUUGGGGCUCAUUCAGCCAUUCCACCACUAACUACUAAUGAUACUAAUAUCAAUAAAACUGCAAUAAAUGCUAAGGUUACAAAAAAACUCAAUUUUCAUUUCAACGACAGAAUAUACAAGAAUCUAGUUGAAAUAAACACAGAUGUUGCAAAUUUGAAAUGCAAGAAAGAUAUGAAGACUAAAUCGACAACAUCUUUGAAGAAGGACCUCGAACCAUCCAUUGAUGAUUUCUGUUCAAAUGAGAAAGAAGAUGAUGAGUUUCCAGAUGUACCAGAUAUUAAACCAAAAUUCAAAGCAAUUAGAAAAAUGGAAGACGGCCGAUUGCACCAACUUAUAGCAUCUUUUGAAAAAUUAUGA